UUGCAUAGUGUGCAAUUAGAACAAAUAGCAUUGCUCUGAGAGAUUAGAUUACUUCAUAGCAAAGACUGAAUAUGGCUCAGAUUAGACUGGAAAAAUUAUCGGUUUGUGAGGAUAUCACUGAUUUGGGAACUUCAAAUGAAUCGGUCAACAAGAAUGAUGGCAAACUGCAUAAUCAAGGUUGCAACAGAACAUGGAACAGAAGAUACAGAUUUGGUGCACAGUUUCUUGGACUGCUGUGUGCAGUACUGCUUACAGCUAUUAUAAUUCUGUAUUUUGAGAACAAACGCUUGCAAAGCAGUCGAAAUGACCUUACAGAACAAAAAACUGAAUAUCUUCAUCAUACUAAUGAGCAUCAAGUCAGGUAUAAAAAUCUUAGCUUGGAGAAAGAGCAGUUAGAAAAUAGUUUUCAUCAGUUUCAGGUUAGACACAACAGCAUGGUGGAGAAGAACGAUCUAUUUCGGGCCAUAACUGCUAACUUAACCAAAGAGAAAAUUCAGCUGCAAACACUUAAUAGUAAUCUAGUUAAAGAGAAAGACAGGUUUCAGAUACUAAGUAACAAACUGGCCAGAGAAAUCAAUCAAUCAGAAACUAGCUAUAAGGCCAUGGCUGAUCAGAGAGAUAAAAUACAAAACUGGUACAACAAUAUGACAGAUGGAAAAAAUCGGUUACAGAUACUUAACAGUAACCUAGUUGAAGAGAGACGUAAAUUGCAGUCCCAAAAUGAUAAUCUGACCAAAGAGAGAAACCAGAUACAUUUGGAGAUGGGUGGACUUCAGAAAGCACUCUCUAAUUUUGGGUGGAAAUACUUCAAAUCCAGUUUAUACUCCAUCUCUACUGUGAAUAUGAACUGGACUGCUGGCAGACUGCAUUGCAAUAAGAGUGGAGCAGAUCUGGUUGUCAUAAACAGCAAAGAGGAAAUGAUUUUUGUUCAUAGCUUGAUCAGUGAUAUGGGAGCCUGGCUUGGCCUGACUGAUGCAGAGAAUGAAGGGGUCUGGAAAUGGGUGGAUGGCAAAGAUCUGACCACAAGUUACUGGGUAAGGGGGCAGCCUGAUAAUGGUGGUAUACAUGGAAAUGAAGACUGUGGUGCUACUGCUUUUGAUGCACCUGCACUGCAGAGCUGGCAUGAUUGUCCAUGUGAUUAUAUCUCUUUUGUGAUAUGUGAAAAAAGUGUGUAAUACAUUCAGUAAAGUUUAUAAAUAUUUUCAUUUUGUUAUUCAAUUGCAAUGACUUUUAUACAUGUGGUUAAUAUUUUAACACUUUUGGGGAUUCCUAUAUGUACUACAACAAUAACUAACUGCCAUUAAAAUUCUUGAAUGAGUAACAACAGCUUAAUUACUGAGCAACCAUAAAGCCUGCUAUAUUUGUUUGCAAUUGUAUAUUUGUAUUUCUAUUUUUGUAUUAAAUUAAAACUAAUCAUGACUUCUAUUUACAUUUUAUUCCAUGGUUUACAUAUAUUUUUUUUUCCACAAGAUUGUAGUGAAAUCAGAACUAUUGGUUAUAUUAAAUAAAAUGUACAAUUGACUUCACAGUCACUUUUUCAGCACGUAUAAUCAGCCUGCUGCUUUAUUACAUAAGUAAAUGUUUAUACAGUACUGUGCAAAACACCACCAGACUUGUUGUUUUAGAAGUUUUAA